CCUGGAAUCCACUGUUAGCAUGAAACCCAGAAGAAAUUUUGUUCUAUUGGAAAACUCAACGCACACGUGGACCCCUCAAAGAAGGCCACAGUAUUGAAAGGGGUCUAUCUAUUCUCUCAAUUUUGAAUUUUCCCCACAGUUCUCUUGUAAAGACCCAGAUAAUCAGAUCCCUCAGAGUAUAGAAUUGUUUGGAGUUGACGGAGUGAAUGGGGAUUCAGACAACGAAUUCUCAUGCGAUGGUUGGUGAGCAGCAGUCUCAUGUACAACAGCCAAUGGCAAGAGAAAUUUCUUGGUUUAGGCUUACUCUCAAUGAGGUUGAGAACCAAUUAGGUGAUUUAGGUAAACCAUUGGGCAGCAUGAACCUUGAUGAGUUGCUUAAGAAUGUUUGGAAGGCAGAGGCAAGCCAUUCUUCUGGAAUGGACCCAACUAGCGCUUCCCCUGCGGCCUCGCUCCAGCGCCAGGCUAGCCUGUCACUUGUGAGGACGUUGAGGGGGAAGACAGUUGAUGAGGUGUGGAAGGAUAUCCAGCAACGACAAAUGACUAGGUACACGGAAGAAAUGAUUAGCCACGAACGGGAGCCAACUCUUGGGGAGACCACUCUGGAGGAUUUCUUGGUGAGAGCAGGGCUUAAUGUGGCUGAUGCUUCUCUAGGACCUGCUAUGGGGUUGGACAACACAUUAACCCCACAGAGUUUCACGCCCCAAAUGGGGUUGUCUCCUUCUCCUUCAGUUGAUGCAUUGUCAGAUACACCUAUCCCAGGCUGGAGAAGGUACACUGGAGAUCUUGACAAGACCCUUGAGAGAAGGCUUAGGAGAAAGAUUAAAAAUAGGGAGUCCGCUGCACGCUCUCGUGCGAGAAAACAGGCUUACCACAAUGAGUUGGUGAGCAAGGUUUCACAUCUUGAGGAGGAAAACAUGAAGCUCAAGAAAGAGAUGGAAUGGGAGAAAACGGUGUCUUGUAAUUUUGAUGAACCAAGAUAUCAGCUUCGAAGAACAAGUUCAUUCUGACAUUAAGCUGUGAAAAUUUUGUAGCUCGGCUGAGCUUUUAGGAUUUUACUCGUGUGUCUACUGGAGGUCCGUUAGGAAAUCGAAGUUGUAGAUUUGCUUUUGCUUCUAAUGCUAGCACUGCUUGAGCUUAAUGUUCAGUCUCUAUGUAUAUAUAUUAGCUUAAUUUUGUUAGAACUUAACCGCUUAUAAAUACCAAGCUGACUGUAUGGUAUUUCUCAUGUUGUGUUGCAUUAUCUGGGAAAAAAAGCUGCUUAUUUGUGACUUC